GGCCCGAGAUACUUCACAUCGCAGCACAUUGCGCUCAACCGGAAGACGAAGAUGGCCCCGCGUCCGUCAGCGCCGUGGUGCUGGAGGGCAGCAACGGCGGUUUGCACAUGCUGAGCGCCGACGAGCAGCUGGAGCUGGGCUGGUGGGACGGAAUCCAGCUGCUGGUCUUCUUGGCAUGUGGCUCGCAAAGCCUGGUGGAGAGGCUGAUCCAGCAGCGCGGGCUGCGGCGCGCCGUAUGCUGCAAUGCGGUGGUCCUGGACGCAGCAUCCCACGUUUUUUGCAGGGCAUUCUACCGAGCCCUUGGAGCUGGACAGGCGUUAAGGCCGAGCUUUGAGGCAGGCCAGGCGGCCAUUCGCACCAGCAAGGCCUUCGAGGGCGAGGCCCAGAAGUUCGUCUUGCUUUGCGCCUCUGAUGGCCCAUGGCCACUCCGCGAGGCCUUGUCCUUGCCGCCGACUCUGUGGCCCCAUUGGCCCCGCGUGGAAGAUUACCUGGGUCGCGAGAACUUCACUGUGUCUCUAGCGAACUUGUUCGAACACCGCCGCGCCGUCUGCCUCUGGGGUGGCCAAGGGAGUGGGAAGACGGCUCUGUGUCUGGAAUUCUGUCGUUUCUUCAGCGCCCCUGGCCGACGAUUUUCACACGCCGCCUUUCACAUCACGGAGCGACAGGUGGCCUGUAGCAGUCUUCUGGCAGUUCUGCUGCAGCAGCUGGGGCGCGGCGACGUCAGCGACGUCGCUGGUGGCAGCGUUAGUUCGCUGUUGCGGGCGGUGCGGGAGGUGGAUGCCCUGAGGCGUCCAUGGUUGCUGGUGGUGGAUGGUUUCAGCGAGGACCUGGAGAGCAGCGAGAUGUUGUCCCAUCUACUGGCCGAGACCACCCAUUUGCAUCUGCUGCUGACCGCGCGCGACCCGCUGGGCCACUGGGCCAUGGGAUACUCCAAG